UCUCUCUCUCUCUCUCUAUCUCUGUCUCUCCCUCUCUCUCUCCCUCUCUCUCUCUCUCUCUCUCUGAAAAGAGCUGAAGUGAUGACGUCACCGCGGGUCAGUGUUUUUUUCCUGAAGUUACGAUGGCGCUUCUGAAGUUUUCAAACUUUUCUUGAUUUUGUAAGCGUUUGUUCCAAUGGAGCAUCUCCAGGGAGCGUGGAAGACCAUCAGCAACGGUCUGGGGAUGAAGGAGUCGGCGCUGGAGAGUCCGUGCGUCUCCCCCACGGCCGCGCAGGACUUCCCGUACCAGCGCCGCGCCUCCGACGACUCCAAGAUCCCCGACUCCAAGGCCAGCAGCACCAUCCGCGUGUUCCUGCCCAACCAGCAGCGCACCGUCGUGAACGUGAGGUCCGGUAUGACCCUCCACAACUGCCUUAUCAAAGCGCUGAAGGUUCGAGGUCUCCAGCCCGAGUGCUGCGCCGUCUACAAGCUCCAUGCGGGACACCGCAGUAAAAAGUCUCGUAUGGACUGGAACACGGACUCGACGUCGCUGAUCGGAGAGGAGCUCCUGGUGGAGGUUCUAGAUCACGUUCCUCUGACCACACACAACUUUGUGAGGAAGACGUUCCUGAAGCUGGCGUACUGCGACAUGUGCCAGAAGUUCCUCCUGAACGGCUUCCGCUGCCAGACGUGCGGAUAUAAAUUCCACGAGCACUGCAGCACCAAAGUUCCCACCAUGUGUGUGGACUGGAGCAACAUCAGGCAGCUGCUGUUGUUUCCGACUCCCGGCGAAAGCGGAGCUCUGUCUCUGCCUCCGAUCACCUCGAGGAGGAUGAGGGAGUCCAUGAGCCGAAUGCCCAGCAGCUCAGCGCACAGACACUCGACUCCUCAAGCGUUUAACGACAGCACGGCGUAUCCUCCUGCAGGGGGCGCUCUCUCUCAGAGACAGCGCUCCACCUCCACACCCAACGUACACAUGGUCAGCACCGCCCUGCCCGUGGACAGCAGCCUGAUCGAGAUAGAUUGCCUGAAUACUUCUCCUAGUUCCUGGUGCCGGAGAUUUUGUCUGAAGAGAAGAGAUGCGAUACGUCACGGACACGGUCACGGAUCAGCAGGAAGUUCCCCAAACCAGAGUCCGACUGGCUGGAACCAGUCCAAAACUCCGCCCCCAGCUCAGAAAGAGAGGGCGUCGUCCUUCAGCUCUCAAGAGAAAAACAAAAUCCGUCCGCGGGAUAAGAGAGACUCGAGUUAUUACUGGGAGAUCGAAGCCAGCGAGGUCAUGCUGCACUCCAGGAUCGGCUCGGGAUCCUUCGGAACCGUAUACAAAGGGAAAUGGCACGGUGACGUCGCCGUGAAGAUCUUAAAAGUCACCGAUCCCACGCCGGAGCAGUUCCAGGCCUUUCGUAAUGAAGUCGCAGUUCUGCGGAAAACCCGGCACGUGAACAUCCUGCUGUUCAUGGGCUACAUGACGAAAGAUAACCUGGCCAUCGUGACGCAGUGGUGUGAGGGCAGCAGUCUGUACAAACACCUCCACGUGCUGGAGACCAAAUACCAGAUGCUGCAGCUGAUCGACAUCGCGAGGCAGACGGCUCAGGGCAUGGACUACUUGCACGCAAAGAACAUCAUCCACCGAGACAUGAAGUCCAACAAUAUUUUCCUGCAUGAAGGCCUGACGGUGAAGAUCGGGGAUUUCGGCUUGGCCACGGUGAAGGCCAGGUGGAGCGGCUCUCAUCAGGUCGAACAUCCUUCAGGAUCCAUCUUAUGGAUGUCUCCCGAGGUGAUCCGGAUGCAGGACAACAAUCCGUACAGUUUCCAAUCCGACGUUUAUUCCUACGGCAUCGUUCUGUACGAGCUGAUGACCGGAGAGCUUCCGUAUUCACACAUCGCUAACAGAGAUCAGAUUAUCUUCAUGGUUGGGCGAGGUUAUCUGUCUCCGGAUCUCACUAAGCUGUAUAAGAGCUGUCCCAAAGCCAUGAAGCGCCUGGUCGCUGACUGCAUUAAAAAAUCCAAAGAAGAGAGACCGCUGUUCCCUCAGAUCCUGUCCUCCAUCGAGCUCCUGCAGCACGCUUUACCCAAAAUCAACCGCAGCGCCUCGGAGCCGUCGCUGCACCGAGCCACUCACACCGAGGACAUCAACUCGUGCACUUUGACCUCCAUGAAGCUGCCCGUCUUCUGAUUCGACAAUCUGGAGCUGAUGGAAACCAAGCCGUCUUCCUGAAGUCGGUGUAAUGAACACUCUCUCUCUCUCUCUCUCUCUCUCUCUCUCUCUGUCUCUGUCUCUUUCUUUCUCUCAGAUGAAGGUGAAGAGAAAAAGGACUCUAAGCGUUAGAGACAAUGUCGUAUUUUUUGAAGGUGAAGGUGAAGGUCAUCUUCAUGCACAGAAACAAAUCAGAUCAAAUCUGGGUUGUGUUUAAAGAGUGUAGAUAUGUAAUUGUUACAGGUCUAAGCAUUAAACGUUUAUGUUUACUGGGAAAUUCGACAUGCUGAAACGAGCCGCUGAUCAUCCUGCUAACAACAGAAAUGUCACGGUUUUAUUUCUUAAACUACAGACGAUGUUAUUUUACGCUUCGCUUUGCUGCAGGAGCGGAGAAGGCGCUCGCGUUCGCCACGCCGUGAAGGACGGAUUACUUUAUUUUUUUUUUAAAUCCAUCCGCACGUCUUUCACCGUCGCUGUGCCUUUCCCCGCGUGUGGAGUUUCAUACACGAGAGCGUUAAAUGUUAACGUGCACAUCCUGAUCCUGAAACCGAUCAGUGUUCGGAGUUUUAACGGGGUUGAUUAGAAGAGUAGGACUUUUUAAAAUUGUUUGAAUCAGCUGUGUAUUUGAAGGUUUUAUUGCAGACUCGAGUACAAACUGUUUAUCAAUAAUGGUUAUUUUAAUAAAAUUUAAAUUAAAGUUAAAAACAAAAGCACUGCAUUUAA